AAGCAUUUCUUCAGUUAAGGCAAGAUGGUGGAAGAGCGACAUCUCCCGAUUCUCCUGUAUGCCAUUUUGAUUUUAGUUGUGUUUUUUUCACAAGGAAGUCAAGGUAUUAGUGAAAGAUCUUUGCGGAUUUAAGUUUCAAAGUGUCGAUAAUUCUUUACAAUCUUUUACGGGAAACUAAACGUUUCAUUUCAAGGAAGGAAGAAUGAAAGAUUGGGGUGGGGCGCGUAAGAAAAUCCUAUUCCAAGGACUUCAAAGGACCUUACGCUCAAUGCGUUUGAUCAUACAAUGAAUUCCCCAAAAUUAUGGUUCAGAAUUAACGUUAGUUUUUAAAUGUUUUCUCUUACAGCAGUCAGUUUCAAAUCUGGAAAAAUCGAUAAUAUCACUGCCCUGAAUGGCGCAGGGUUGUUCGCUUGCGAGAAAAUCACGUUUGCAGAACCAUUCCCCGGUGGAAAGCAAGUAAAAGUGUUUGCUUCGCCUAGCAACUCAAGUACUGGUGCUGCCUUGUGGGUGGAAUCAGAAGAUAAAAGUCAAUUCAGCGCUUGCAUCUACGAGUACAGCGAUGGCUCAAAUGCCAUCGAGAUAAACUGGAUUGCCCUACAAUCUGCUCCCUCUGGGGCACAAAUAGGAACCACUUCCUUGGACUCUUGGACUACUGGAACAGAAUGUAAGAAGAUCUUCUUUCCCCAGGUUAGUUGCGCAACACACUGUACGAGCAUAAAAGUGAAAUAGCAAGUAAUUUACCUCAUGGACUGGACUGAACGGUCGAGAACGUUGUUCGUUCUAAAAGUCCGUGAAAAAAAGGUUUUUUGCAUAGUUGGGAGCCUGAUUUCCUUUUUCGAUCUCUUGCAUUUUGGAAUGGCAGUCCCACUAACUAACACAUAUUCACCUGCAUGUUAGGUAUGACUAUUUUGUCAUUCGUUUUGAAGUUCCAUUGCAAGAGGUGCCUCACCGAAUCCAAUCGCUCAUAUAUUGAAUGAAUGCCAGAAUAAACAAAGGAAGGAAGGAUCAAGGAAUGGAUGGAUGAAUGAACGAAUGUUUAUACCUGAUCUCAUUCUUAAAAAAUCUAUCAUGCACUAACUAGUAAAUAAUUAUUUUGGCACGCGAACAUGCAUGAAGACAAGCAAACAAAAGUCAUAUUAGCAUAAGGAAAUAAACAAACAAUAGGAAAUAAAUAAAAAGGAAAGGAAAGGAAAAGGAAAAAUAUACAAGGUAAUAAAAUAUUACAAUAAUUCUUUUCUGAAUAAACUUUGAAGACUGAGAUGCCGCAUUGUUGUUUCGGCAAAAAUCAGUUCAGUUACGUUCUAAGUAGCGGAAUGGACACACGUUCUCGAACAUGCGUGGUAAUAAUAAAUGACACUUAUAUUGAAAAAUCGGUAUGUCUCGAACGAUGUGAAAAGGAUUUAGGAAGGAAGGAGGGAAGGAAAUGAUAAUUGAUUAAUUGAUUGAUUAAACCAAUGACUGAACUUUACUUACCAAAGAUCAUGAUCAUGUUACGUAAAAAUAAACUAAAACUUAAAAGUUAGAAGAAUGAAUAACAAGUAACCAUAACAUUCUAAAGAUAGUACGGAUAUCUUGUUGAGAUAAGAGGGGCAAAAGCCAUUUAAUCAUUACAGACGAAAGGCGCCAUCCGUUAGAACUUAGGCUAUUAAUCUCUCUGUGCGCGUUUUCGAUCUUCUUCAAAAGGGAGACAGUGAUUUUGUUGGAAUAGGCUCCUGGUUGGAAUCAAACCAGAUAAUUGCGGGUGACCGGAGGGGCCCGAAAUGUGGUCGCCCGCAAUCGGCAUAAUCUUCAAGUUGUUUGAGGCAUGCGCAGCAUGUAUGACCCAUGGACAACAUUUUUUUGAACUUUCACUUACAAUGAAUGGAAUGCAUGAGAAUGCAAUCUGAUCAUGUGUGUUUGGGCCUUCUAUCACUCUUAAUCUGAUCAACUGCGUUUUUACCUUCUCUCACGUGAAACUUACGAAAAGAGCAGCGUAGAAGCGAGAUCUCGCGCGUACUCCCUAAUUUUUUGGUUAGUACGACUGUAGUAUCAAAAUAAUAAUACAGAGGCUGGACAAGCGCAUUAUGCAAGGUCUUAUAUGUUUUUGUAUAGAGGUAAUUCCUAAUCCUUUCAAGGCAGUUACUUCAUCCACCUUUGAGGUAACACAAUUUCGACAUGGCUGUUCAAGUCUGUAAACAGAUCAAAUGUUGACCUAAGAUCACUCAAACCGAUUUAGAUUUGUUUCUCUCUUUAGCUUUACAACACAAGUUCAACAACAUAAGUUCCUGAAAGAUGACAUUGAUAAAAUUAUAUUAUUGUCAAGCCUCAUUUUCUUUAGUUUGAACGUCGAGGAAUGCAGUCAUUGGAAAAAAUUAUUAGCCAUUAAAAUCUACUUCCUGAAAGGCUUUAUACGUUUUCUCUUCUUAGCUAUUUUUGUAGGUUCACCUGGAUUAUGACAGAUUACUAGAGCCCUGAUUUGGAUCAAAUAAUCAUACCGGAUUAGCCUGAAUAUAAUUGGCUCUGUAGUCUCACGUUCGUUCCUACACGCGCAUCAAGCUUAAGAUUCCGAUCUGAGCCAAUCACCUAUCCGCACAGACGUGAUUCGGCUCGUUUUCUGCCGUCUCCCAAAAUAAGCAGCAAGAGCCAUUCAUCUAACGAAUCGUUUAGAAGAAGGGAAUAGAAGCUUGUAGACUUAAAACAGAAUGCAGCAUAACAAAGAUGAAUCCAGUCCAAUUUCACCUUUGGUAUCUGUGGAAAGAUCCAUCCUUCCAGCAUUCGCUGCUGGAAGUCUAAUUAAAGGAAUCAGGAAAUGCAUAAUCUGCAUCGUUUAUUUGUCGCCUGGGGUUAAUAUAACACAGGUAUAUUAUCCUCUCCUGAUACUGGUUACUUCCCCAAAUUCCUAAUCUUUAGAAUCUUCUAGAACCUUUCAAAUGGUCGGAUAACAUCUCAUAACUUUCAGUAUAUCACGCAAGCCAUCCAAAAGCAUUUUUUUUUUUUAUCAGAUCUUAACAAAUGUCUCUAACAAUGAUUUAGCCCCGACAAUAGGUUCGCUCACAUAAUAUAGGAAAUGUUUCAAGCGUCGCGGUGGUUGAACAUAAAGACCAUAAGAAUCCGAAAUCACAAACUUAAGAUUCUCCUCCUCGAUUCGUUUUUCAUGCGACAGAGGUUAAAAAUAAUUUAUCAUGCGAUGCCAUGUUUUCUUUCUUUUCAUUGGCCGAAAGCCCACCACUUGACCUGCCUACAAGUAAGUGCCUACAAAUAAUGGUCUGCUAAUGCGAAAUGUCGUACAACUGUGUUUGGCUGCAAAUAAUAUUCUGCUCACGCGUAAACAGAACCACGCUUUUCUCUUUCUUACGAUCACUCUUGCGUGAAAAAAGGCAGAUCACCUCGCUUCCCGAAGAUUUUCAUUAAAAACAAACUUAGUGAUCGAAUGAUAAGAAAAUUAUUAUCAAAUCUGAAACAAAACAAAAGAAAGAUGAUUUAGGGUGCAAAUAUAGAAGUUUUUCUUUUGAUAUUAGUACACGAGCUUGGUUACAUAAUUUCAUCUCUUUUUGGAUAUGAACGAGUUGAACAAAGUAGGUCAUUCAAACUACGUAUUAAGAGUAUCAGAAGAGUAGGUUUAAUGCAGUAAAUUUGAAGUCUCUUUUCCCUCUACGGACCACUGCUUCUCAGUUAUUUCUGUUUGUUUUUCCUUCCAUAGUUUGCUUAAAAUUUUAGACUACAGCGCUUCGCUUGUGCGUCUAAACCUUUUUCUUUGCUUAAUUUAGCGUUUUUUGACUCCUCCAAUCGUACUUGCGACUCCCAGUCAUCAGUUUCCAGGGAGACCUCAAGACGCCAUGGCAGUUUGGGUAGAGGACCUGACCAAAGACAGUUUUAAAGUCUGUCUCAGGGAAGUGAAGAUUUUUGAUGGACUUCACAAAGGCAUCAAAAUUGUGAGUACAAUUUUGUACCUAACUGGGGUCUCAGCCCAAAACCUCCGUGAUACAUAUUCGCCCUUCUGAACCAUGUACUCUGAUUGUGUAUGCAACGCAAGAAGAUUACUGGUUAUUAUAUUACAACAUGAGAAAUUUCUGCAAUUUGAUUGGCUCAGAGCAGUGGAAUUUCAGCCUAAGUAAUGAUCCAGGUAAGGUGGAUAGCAAUUUCUUUUGUUAUGCGGCAACGGUGCUUUCCCCACACAGAAAUGUUCUCAUUUUUACACAGAGAAUGCAUAAACCUACAUGAAGGCCGUUUACGCAAUAAAAUGCAUUUACACUCCACUUUGAAAGGGUGUUUUUUUGUGUUAAAAGAUUUUAACCAAUCACAAGAGUUGAAAACAAUAGCCAAGAAAAGUUUACAAUUGUACAUGUUCCCCACAUAGGAUUUCUUUGUUAUUCAAACUGAGACCAGAUUUUGUUACAUGGAAGAUGGUUGGAAUGUAAGGAUGAAUAUAUGUACCGCUUUAUGAAGUUUUGUUAACUUUUGCUGUUUAAGCCAAUCAGAAUUCGAAGUAAAUACAGACAAGAGAAAAAUUAGCACCUUUUUUGCAUUCCAACAUGUUCGUUGCUGUUGUUGCUAUGAAUCGUUCUUAUCUGGACCGUUUCUUAAUUUGAAAUACCUUCAUGUGAAAAUUACAAAACUUUUGCGGGUAGUAGUAUAAACAUAUUAUAGCAUGAUUUGUACGUGAUAUUUGCCAUAAAUACCACUCGUGAUAUUUCAAAAUUCUCUCAAAUUUCACUCGCCUAACGGCUCGUGAAAUUACGUAUAACAAUUUCGAAAUAUCACUCGUGGUAUUUAUGUCAAAUAUCGCCACAAAUCAUGCUAUUACCUAUCGAAAUUUUUUAAGGGCCUGUUUACAUGGAGUGGGGGGCCCCGGUUGGGGUUGGUUUCUUUUGUUUUCACGCUCUGGAGGACACAAAACAAAGAAACUUACCCCACUAGACCGGGGUCCCCCACUCCAUGUAAACAGGGUCUUAGGGCCUGUUUAUAUGGAGUGGGGGACCCCGGUCUAGUGGGGUUAGUUUCUUUUGUUUUCACGCUCUGGGGGACACAAAACAAAAGAAACUUACCCCACUAGACCGGGGUCCCCCACUCCAUGUAAACAGGGUCUUAGACAAGAGCUGCAAAACAAACUUUUUCAAAGAUUCAUUUCAUAUAUAUCAAAUGUGUAAGUUUGCAUUUCAUAACACUUUGCGUUUUUAACGUUAUAAUUUUUAGUUCAACCUGUUAAAGAACCGUUCAGAGAGUUUUUUAUGCAAUUUGUUUAACGUCUAUUAGCAAUGUAAGUAGCUGUUUUUGUAAAGAUUUCAAUAAAAAAAUUCAUUGGCAGAUGUUAAGGGCUAUUAAAAAUACGAACGAGCGGUUUGGCCUUGUCUGACGAAACAUUUUAUUCUUAUAGAACUGGAUGGCUUAUACAAACCUCACAGUCGAAAACUUCACCUUAUCUGACAGUCUUGAGUUUACGGAGAAAAACUUGCCAUCUCAACAAGAUGACAAUUCCUUUUGCCAGGUACAGUAGAAUAGUUUUAAUCAAAAUGGACUUAUUAAUUUGCAUCAGGAAAUUUCUUAAAGACUUGCAUAUUGCUUAGACAUGUUCCUUUCUUGCCCCAUUUCUAAAAAGUAUAAACAAUACUUGGUUAAUUUUCCCAGUGACUUGCUGAUUAUAGAUAAAAUGAAUCCUAGUUUUUUUGCUUGAUAGUAAUAUAGAACAGUACCCUUUCGAAAAAGAACGAGAUGAGUAGUCGUGUUGGAUUUAUGCCGAGCCGCCGUGAAGCUUCGAAGUAUAUAUUCGUCUUUGAUGGGAUGGUUAAUUAGACAAAUUCCAUACAGCGGCACACCCCCUUUUCCUCUUACUAGAGAUUACGCCACCCCCUUCCCCCCCCCCCCCCCCCCCACACACACACACACACACCCUUUUCACCUCCGGGGCACUGAUUAGUCAAUAUUUUAAGCAUUAUACGUUUGCCUGUUUUUAUCUCAUUUAUUAUUUUAUGACGUUUAUUCCAUGUUUUCUUAUUAUCAUUAUCAUUAUUAUCCUUCAGUCAUUAAUUCAAAAGGCCAGAAAAACAAAACAGAAAUUUGGUACUGCAACAAGCUAUAUAUUUUAUGUUGCAGAAAAUCAACUUCACAAUGCAACUCUUUCUUCCGCCGGUGGUAAUAGUGACAGCAAAACAUGUCAACAACGACUCGAGUGUGUCGGAAUGUAAUGCAAUCACAGCUUGGGUUACGGUAAUAAAUCAGUUUAAAUUAGCACUGUUAUAAAUAUACCAGGAGAAGCGAUAUAGACUGAGAAAGCCAGUUUCACGUUCAAACAAUCUCCUCAUCAUCGUCAUCAUCGUCAUCAUCAUUAUCAUUAUUAUCAUCAUCAUCAUCAUCAUUGUCACCAUCAUCAUCAACAACAACAACAACGUUUAAUUGAGAGAAUUUAUCAAAUGGCACCCAAAAGCCGGCUAGAAACUGAGGAAGGAUCAGAGAAAGAAAAAGCAAACAGGACAUCCAUGUUACGCGAGUCCCCUAAUUGAACAAAAGUUUUCAAUUCCGUAUAAUUAAUAAACUGUUUAUUACUUAUAUUUACCCUCAGAACACAUCAACCACAGAAACGGAAAUUUGCGUCAAAGCCUACGACGUCAAGAGCAAGGAUAUUAUAAAACUCGAUUAUCUAGUUUUUGGAGGUAGGUCUGUCGGUUAUCAGCUCUUUUAAUUUUUCCCUUGACCUCUCUUAAAUUCUUCUGCACUCCAAACGUAUUGGUACUCUUGCAAUGGAACUUACGAAUCGACACUCAUGACUUGUAUGAGGUCAUAAUGACGUCAUCAGUCUAAGCUUUGACGACCGCCAGUGAGAAACGAAAUAACCGCUGAGAAGAGUGUUGAAAAUACGACGAGCAGCGGAGUAUUUUUGACGAACUUCGAGAUGUUUCAUCUGGUGAUGAAACACUGUGUCGAAUGCUUGAUAUUACUUCUCAAACAAAAUGAUUUUACCAAAAGAAAUUUAGGAUGAAAAACUGAGCAGUUUUUCACCCGAUUUCCAAACACUGUUUUAACAUUAAUUUCCUUUAUAUUUUCUUUAUGAAUUAUUGAUAAGUUUGAGAAGGGAAUGGCUAAAUCGGAAACUUCCAACACUUAAAGACAAUAGUCUCCUGCUAAUUGGAUGUAAAUGAGCAGCUGUGGCGCAUGCGUAUAAACCAAAAUUUGGAAUAACGGGGAAUCAAUUCUCGUUACUCCGUUUUCUUUCUCUUGUUGCCCAGUUUAUCGUCUAUUGUUCGCAUGCAUGGUAAAGCAGCUCGCUAACUUUCUAGGAAACCGACAAAUUUAACAUGCAAACGUAGUAGGUGAAUAGAAAAAUUAGCAGUGGAUUUUCCCCAAGUUCUCAUUUGUCGAAAUGCCUCUCUUUUGGUUGAACAUAGAUCCCGAUCCUUGCAUAGGAGUGAUCUGUGCUUACUAUGCACGAUGCAAGUCUUUUGCACCAUACGAUGCCCGCUGUGUGUGCAUAGACAAGUGCCCACUAUACCAAGAACCCAUCUGUUCUUCAAAUGGAACGACGUACAGGAACCUGUGUUUCUAUAAACAGGACAUGUGUUUCUUGCAACUGAACCACACAGUUCAGCAUCCUGGAAGUUGCGAAGGUAAUGUACUAGUCAACUCCAAAAUUAUUUUUAAUAUCACCGAUUGUACUCGACUGUUUUAUUAAUUUGUUUAGAUUUUGUUUUUGUUUUGAUUUUUUUUCAUUCGGAGAUACUAACAGCAAUGCCACUCUUUAAAUCCGAAUGUUAAAAUCAAGUUUAUUUAUCUACCUACCUACCUACCUACCUUGCGGGAACUAAUUUUUGAGAUUAAAACAGAUUGGCUUUUCUUGCUGGGAAUUAAUUUUUGCUAUUUUCAGAAAGUGCCCAUACCCAAGUGCAAUAGAAAACAUACCUUCAAACAAUAAACCAGUAUUUCGUUGUUUCUGAAUGAAAGAGACAAGUUGUGAUUGAACAGACACGAUUUCUUAGUAUUGUACUUUUGGGUAGCGAAUUUAAGUUAGAGAAUAUUUACUCUGGAGUAAAUUUUUGCGGGAAAAAUGUUUGAGGUAAUUUUUAUUGGCGGGAACUUAUUUUUGCGGAUCGCUGACCGCAAAAAUCGCAAAAAUUAGAAACCGCAAAAAUUUCGUGCCCCACGGUAGAUCAUAUUCAUGCGUUUCCUCGUCCAAUGAUCUGUAAGAAUGCAGCAAUGGAAAAUUGAGGUAGUUGUUUUAACAAUUCUACUAAAGUUGAUGAACAUCUAAUAAGAAAAGAGAAACUGUACAAAAACUAGGUAAUUUUAAUUCCAACAAUGGCUGUUGAGAUCAGCGCGAGAAUUAGUUCAGUUACUGUCAAAAGUGCACUUAUGUAGUUUUGUUCUGCUUCACUUGCCAGGGUUCCCAUUUCAGCGUGCACGACUUCAUAUGCCUCAUAUACCAUCCUUGGGAUAUUCUCAUUGUGAAGUAAUUCAUUUGCGACCAUACGUUUACUAUCCCGACAAACCCAUUCAAGUGCAAUUAACUGUCAAUCACGUCGAUACCAGGGACAUGAACUAUGUCCACGAUGCAGCUGUGUCGUGGAUUGAGGAUGUGAGCUACGAAAACUUCACUGCGUGCGUGAUGGCGGCCGGGUAUAACGAGCGUAAGUCCAGAGCUAACGUGUCCAUAGACUGGAUAGCUUAUCAGGGAGCUCCAGUCGGCGGGAUCUCUGGAGAAGUGCGUAUGUCACAAUGGUGGACAGGGACAACUUGUAAAACGGUGAAUUUUCCGUCGGUGAGUGAUGUAUUUUACCAUUCUUUUUCUUUAUUUGUAUUCUAGAACUGAGCAAAUGUUAAAGACGUGUUAACUUUCUUAGUUGUGUACAUUAUCGCCGGGGUAUCAGUAAUGAGCUACUUAACUGCAUAAUGGUAAAAAAAUAGGGUUUACAAUCAACUGACGCAAAUAAAUAAAUGAGGGAGUAAAUAAAGAAAUAAAUACAUGAAAAUAUAGAUAAAUAAAAUAAAUAUAUACAAAAGUACUGGAGACUAUGAAAAAUUAAUUUGGAACUACAACUAGUCUUUGAUUUUUGAAUUUCAAUUCUCUCUCAUACAGCUAUUUCGAGAAAGGCUGUCGGAAAAAAUGUGCACGGAGUAAUUCCGAAAGUUAAAAUAAUAUGGGAUAUGAUCAAUACACUGUUCCUGACACUGUAGCUGUCGCACCUACUUUUGUUGCUUUCCUUUAGCAGUCGCAAACAUACGUCCAUGGCCUCUCGUGCCAUUUUUUUCUUUUGAAGAACAGUGAACUCAAAACCACCCACAAUACCUUUCGGGAUUGUCGAGAGCACUUUUUCCGACAACCCCUCUCAAAAUAGCUGUAUAUGCCAUGCUUUCAAAUUAUUACUUGCUUCUCUUUUUCUUCAUUGCCUUUUCCUGUGGCCAGGCUAAGUUUUCUAGGGAGCCUUCAGUUUUUGUAACUGCUGCACAUCACCAUGCCGGUCUGAAGAGAGACGCCGCAAGUAUUUGGUUGGAGGACAUCACGCACUCUUCCUUCAAAAUAUGUUUAAGGGAGCUACAAAAUUAUGCAGGCUCACACGAAGAUAUUCAUGUUGUAAGUAACAUUUCCUUGUUUACUACCAUUUUAACAUCGUAUUUUGUCAAGACGAUCUGAAGGUAGCACGGCAUGUACUUAAUGCUCUUUUCUUUCUGUUACCUUUCUUUCUAUUUUUCCAGAACUGGUUGGCUCUCUUCUCUCUCGAGAAGCCUUUUUUCAUAGAACACAGCUCAGUUUAUUUCGCAAACUCUAAACCGCCUUCACCCUGGAACAAUAACGCUUUCUGCAGGGUCAGUAUAUAUCUUUUGCUAAGAUGUAACAUCUCUAACGUAUGUCGUAUGUUAACUUCUUCCCGUUGAUUUUUAAUCUCAUUUUGUUCAUUUAAUAGGAUAUUUCCUUCGCCUUCGCGUACAAGAAUGCCCCAAGUGUGUUUGUAUCGGCAAAUCACACUUCCAGUGGAGGAGGACGGGAUCCAAUGCACAACUCCAUAACCGCUUGGGUUGAGGUGAGUCAGUGACUGCGCUAGAACUUCCGACUUAUUGGUGUUGCGAUAAACUGAGGUAGAUCUUAAGGCGGAGCUCCUGGCAAAAAGCAACUUAUUAAACACAUAAAACAAAAGAGGAGGAGAGAGGGAGGGAGGGAGAGAGAGAGCGUUUGUCAGGCAAACUGUAAAUUAUAUAAUGCAAAUAACAUCCUGCAGAAAUUAGAGACAAGGUGUCAGAAAAUGGAUAGGAAUUUGUUACUUUUUACGAAAUGUAACGACAUUCCUGCGUGACUAGAAAUAGAUCAUUUUCACUCACGUGGUCAGCAGCCAUGCAAAUUCGUGGAAACAAAAGAAACUUUUUAAAUGAGUAAAGAGUUCAAUCCCCACAAGAUUAUUUUGGUACACUAACAUAGCCACCGUUAAUUUUUUUGUCCACCAAUUGUGUGUUUUCUCACAUGACAUCAUGGCGGCCAUAUUUGCGUCCCAAGACAAUGAAACGGCGGCCAUGUUUGUGUCCCAAACCAGUCCUAGCCUGUGGGAGUUGAACUAUUUUCUUAUGUAAACGCUCCUCUUUUGUUCCAAAAAAUUUGCAUAGAUGCUAGCCACGAGAGUGAAAACAUAGAAUAAGGCUGCUGUGAAGUCAUGUGAAGACGAUCCAUAGGUUUAGAGGUGCACAUGCUUUAACAGAUUUCAGGUUUACUGGGGUCUUGAGGAGAGGGCCAUGAUAUCUUUUAUUAACAGAAGGGAGAGAGCCUGGCUUGGUCAUACCCUACGGCAUGGUGAUCUUGUCCCAUAGGUUAUUGAGGGGAGAAUAAUAGGGAAGAGGUCACCUGGAAGAUCUCGCGCGUAAAUGCUGGAUAGAAUGAAAGAAGGCAGCCCUUACGUAGCGGUCAAGAGGCGCACCUUAGAUCGAGAACUAUAAGGAAGCACUUUCCUGUAGGCGGAACACACGCACACACUAGACGACUGGAAGACUGAUGAACUUUUUGAAGAAGUCAAUUGGACGACUCGCAAUAACUUUUUCGAGGUCUCCAAAUGACUUGUAAAAAAUAAGUACCGAAAAAAUUAGUUGAUUUGUGUAAUUCAUUGCCUCCAAUCAACCUAGAGUCAUUUAACUUUUAAAACCUCUCAUUUCAAAUUCAGCUUUUUUUUGGCGUCAUCCCCUUUUAACAAAAUGUUCCUUCGCAAAGUAAUGUUAUUUCUGCGUAAAAACGUUCCUGUGUUAAUGAGACUGAUGGGGAAAAUUGAUAUCAGAAGUGUAAUUGCUGCCAUGUUAAAAAAUAAUUCCAAAUACACAAAAUAAUAACGCUUUCAUUUGCUAGCUCCUAUAGACUACAAAGUAAUUUCUUUUAUUGUCGUCAACAUUCAGCCUGAACAUUGCGUACUUCUUGAUGACAUUGUGUCCACAUUAAUGCAACAAUAAACUAAUAAUAACCAAAGGUUAGGGAGUGCGGGCGUCAACGAUCAAAGGUCUAAACGCUUUUGCUCCAACGCUGUGCUUUGCGUAAGUUUCACGCGAGAGAUGGCCAAAACACGCGUGAUCAGAGUACGAGGGUAAGAAGGUCAAAACGCGCGCGAUCAAAUUGCGUUUGGUGCAUUCCAUUCAUUCUUAGUGGAAGUCCAAAUGAAUGCUGGCUACAUACAUUCGAUGCAUGCGUAAUAAAAACCUGGAGAUUAGGACUGCGGGCUCCUCUUUUCGCCCGCAACUAAAUUUAUUUGUACUGUUACCAGCAGAUCCAGUUUCACUUGACAUUUCGAGACAUAAUUGGUAAUCUAUAAUACUGGCGCCUUAAAAAAUCAUAUUUGCAAUAAUGUAUUUAUCGCCCCAUGCAAGGUAUCGGCCCGAAUUCCAGAAUCUGGGAAAUUUUUGCUAGUGGAAUCCGGAAUGCGGGACAUUUUUGCUUGUGCAAUCCGGAAACUUGGGCUUUGGAAUCCAGCAUUUAGCUUAAGGAAUCCAGAGUCCUGGAAUCCAAGUUAUACUGACAAGGAAUCCUGUAUCCAGUGCCUGGAAUCCAGAGUCCAGGACUUUCUUGAUUUACCUUAUAUGGGGUGAUGUUUAGUUCUGACUUUCACUUUCCUUCUUUAGUACAUCAACACAACCGGAGCUCGAAUAUGUGUAAAGGAAUUGUACGAGUCCAAGUACGACCCACUCUCUGUAUCAUUUACUGUCAUGACAGGUAGGGGCGUGUGAAACUUUUAUUUUAGUAAAAAAAAAUGGUUUUACCUGAAAACAACUUCUCAAGAUAAACCCUGAAGAAACAUUCUACACCGUACAUGCUAUAAAGCUUGCCAAUAAAACGCGUUUUGCUUUCAGCGAAUAUACUCCGCCUCAUUGUAGAUAACAGUGAAAAGCAAAGCCACUCUGAGUCCUUUUCUUCGGUUUUUAUUUCUUCUCUUAACAGCCGCCUCUUUUCGACUCUCUUGCAUCUGUCUUUUCUUCAUAAGUGAAAUACCGAUAAACUUAGCAGUGAUGUCUUUGUCAUCGAUAUCACGAAGUUCUUUUCUUUCUUGACGCACAAGAUUUGACUGUUGGCGUAAAUUUUCUUAAAGCGCCGCUUUUUCUAAGGUAAGCGUGUAUUGGACCUUACGUUUGAUCGUAACCAGUCAAAGGUCGCAAGACGUUUGAUCGUAACCAGUGGAAGGUCGACUUGCGACCACUCUUGUAAGCGACCAGCUCUAGUGACGACCACCUCUGUGAAAUCUCGUUUGAACUGUGACUUAAACUUUGCAAUGAAAAGCUCCACUCAGUAAUUCAACUGCUCAACACUUUAAUGCGCUAAGGUCGAAAACGACCCGAAAGUUUAGCCGGGAUUUAUCGAAUAUGAAGACUGAAAGCAUUAAUUUAUUUUGUUUUUCUUUAAAAUUAUAAAUGCUUUCUGUAAGCAACUACCACCCUCAUUGUUUUACGACCACUAGAGCUCAUUCCCAAGCGACGAGCUUUACAACCACUUUUUAGAGUUUCCGAGGUGGUCGCUUACGAGAGCUUCUUCAAAUGUUUUGGCCGGCUUACGAAUGAAUGCAAGAUAACUUGGCAAAUUUGAAAUUGUAAAUGCCGCUAUUCCACUGUCGUUUUGUAUUUAUAUCACAGAUAUUUGCCAGCCAACUGUAUGGAGCUAUUUUGGUGGGUACUGUUACUUCACAAGUAGAGGAUGUGCCUCGUGGCUCAACGCUGAUUCAAACUGUACUGCAAUGAGUUCCGAUUUGGUUACAGUUCACAACCAAGAAGAAAAUGUCUAUAUUCAACAUCGUCACAACGGCGAGAGAUCUUGGAUUGAGGGUCGUGAAGGGGGGUACCAAAUCCCAGUUCCCAGCCUAAAUUUGGCCCAAAUCCCAGUUCCCAGGCUGAUUUUUGCCAGAAUCCCAGUUACCAGUUUACAGUUUAAAUCCAACAAAACUUUAGAGUUUUCGGUGUGUAUAACGGCGUUAUUUGCGUUGACGUACUUGAUUUCUAGUACCAUUUUGCGAGAAACCUUUUCCGAAGCCAUUUUUAUCUUCCCUUCACAAUAUCUUCCCGCCAUAUGCAAACUUGUAGAACUUGUCCGCUGACCAGGAAAACUGACAGAACGUAACUAUGCAACCGUGUAAGCCUGGUAGCUAGACCGCGGGCACGAAGGCAAAAAAUACUGAUUUCAUGGUCUCUACUGAGGAGUGCAAGGUCUAUUGCUACGAAAUUUUAUUUUUCUAUUUCAAAAUAUUAGAGCAAAGACCACUGAAGAAAAGAAAUCCCAUUCCCAUUUUAUAAUUGUUCAUCCCAUUCCCAGUGGCUAAAUCCCAGUCCCAGUGAGUAAAUCCCAUUUUCCCAAUCCAAAAUAAGGCUAAUCCCAGUUCCCAUUUUACCCCUUCACGACCCUCUGGAUUGGACUUAAUGACCGAAGUGUAGAGGGUAGAUUUGCGUGGGCAAACAAAGAAAUAAGCAAUUUCGAGCAUUGGGCCCCACAGCAACCAAACGACUGGAAAAACGAAGAUUGCGUCCACACUCUUGGUCUACGACAUGAUUACACUUGGAAUGACGUGCCUUGUGAUAAUUGCUACAACUACACCUGCUUUAAAGGUAGUUUUUGGGUUAUGUAGAAGAUAUACUCUGUGAUCUACUGUCUGACACUAUAUAUAACUUAACUCUCGUUUUCGCUUCGUUUUCAUCCCAAUAGGCUAUUUUCACGAUGGAGUCAUUUCAGUUUACCUACUACCAGAACUCAUUAUAGGACUUUGCCUUCUUGAUUUUGUUAUUUAAACUCAACUGGGAUUACAAAAUUUUAACUAUAACAGAAAAAAAACCAAAUGAAUUCAAUUCUGGUCUUAAAACACGUUACCACACGCGUGCAAAUGGCCAUAUUCCAGGGAGUCUAAAACGAAGACCUACGAUUCAUAAAACGACCCUUCCUAAAAAACGACCUUAAAAUGAUCGAAUAAGAAAACAACGAUCCAAAACACGAAGGCCUUGAAAAGGAAGUUGCAUUUGAACUAAUAAUAAUAAAAAAAUGAAUUACUGGAUAGUCUUUUUGUCACCCUAAAAUUCUCUGUAUACUCUACACAUGUAAUGUUAGCCAUCAACUCGGUAUUCAUAGAAUUGACAGCAGAAACCUUGAACCCUUUUUCGUGACGCUGUCUGUUUCAUAUACUUCUUUGCAAUGUAAAUUGCUCAGUGUCACGUAAAAAAAUAUGAAGACUUCACGCUUCACAAAAUUCCUCAAGUUUCCACGAUCCCGUUCACGUAAAAACUAAGUACUGCACGUUGCAGAGAAAAUUGAAAGAUAAAUUCAAGGAUUAAUUAAUGUUUCCUAUCAACUAACCUGUUAACUUUCCAAGGCAAACUAUACCUUUUUUUUGUUUUGUUUUCUUUCAGACUUGGACGAGUGUGCUACUAAUGCCUAUACUUGCGGUGUCAAUGCUGAAUGCCGAAAUACCGUGGGUUCAUACAGAUGUGUAUGCAAAGUCGGAUUCAGUGGAGACGGAUACACCUGCAACGGUACGAAACCAUAAUAAUAAUAAGAAGAAGAAGAAGAAGAAAUAAAAAUGAAUUCUUUAUUAAUCAUGAUAAUAAUAAUAAGAAGAAGAAGAAGAAGAAGAAGAAGAAAUAAAAACGAAUUAUUUAUUAAUCAAGUAAAUGACACUUCUAAUCUACACCUCAACAACAAAACUGUGGCCCUUUAAACAUGUUAUAGGCAAUGCCAUGACACCAAUCUUCUAAAUGUAAUGCUAUCAUAAAUAUAAUAGUCGGGAACAAAUAAAUCACAAACAUAAACCGGCUCUCUAGGAGUAAUAUAUCUUAGACGUUUAAGUCAAGGUACACGUUAUCCAGCAAUGAUUCUAUUUAACGCCCCCUCUAAUGCAACCCUCUUCUCUUCGAAUGUGUUUUUUAUAGGCGCCUUUAUGCUAAUGAGCGUCCCAUAAUGAAACGAAUUAUUUUGCUCAAAUACGUCUAUUAUUAAACUUAUAUCCUCAAAAAAAAAUUAAGGGACGAUAACUACUUAGCACAAACUCGUGGUAGUGAGAGACGUGACCACUAGUUAUAGUAAGAGAGGAGGGGCUUAUUCGAAGAAGGGCACCAAAUCGAGUCAUUACGGUAUAUAGUGGUAUUCUUCUUUCCAUAGAUAUUGACGAGUGUGCCAGCGGCACUGACGACUGCCACAGGACACUUGCUUCAUGUACAAACACAAUAGGAUCCUUCAUCUGUAGUUGUGGCUAUCAAUACACAGGCGAUGGAAGAAUUUGCAGUAUCCUAGUAACAGGUAAUUUAUUGGCCAAUAUUGGGCCGAUUCCUAGGUAAUGUGAUGAACCUUUGACUUCACUUGGGACGCAGACUUGUUUCAUCGAAUGCCGCCGUGUUGAUUCAUGGUGGCGGAUGAGUUGAAUAGCAAGAGCCAGCAUUUAGGCCUUUGGAGAAUACAUUAGGGACUUUAAGAUCCAACGACGCGACGGCAACGAAAACGUCAAGAAAAUCAAUAGUUUAUAAUUAGCAAAACAACAACUUUUCUCGUGCAGCACACUCUUUUGUAUAUUUCUUUGUCGUUUUUGCACGACUACCACGCGAAAAUACCUAAUUUCGCGUUUUAUGUAGAACGUUAACAAGCAACGACAGAAUUUUUUUUCUAUUUCGGAACUUGGAUAUGGUCCCUUGGAAUUCAAUAGCCUGUUCCAGGCGUUCAGAUACAAAAAGAAAAAAUAAAAGCGAGUUUUUUUCAUCUUUUGGAACCGCUUCCAUAUCUGGUCCCUUGGAACAGGCUAAUUCAACUUCAGAAGGGUUCGCCUGCAUUUGACAAAGUAAGUGGGUAGGGAUAAUCGCGAUAAAGACUGAAAGAACGCAAACUCGAUGUUCUCGCCGUCGCGUAUUAAGAGAACAGGGCGUUUAAAAGAAACACGGCGCUAUUAGUUCAGCUCUGUUACUGUACAGUAAAAAAAAAAAAAAAAAGAGUCAAACAAAAAUAUCCAAUGCUUAGUAACUGACCUUUUUUCAUUCCUAUUUUUCUAUUUAUUUAUUUUUUAAUGUCAGAAUGCCAGUCUGAGACCAACGUACCUAACGGCUAUGUGAGUCUUAGAUCCAGAGACAGGGCGUUAAACUAUAGCUAUACCAGUCAUCAAUGUGACAAUGGAAUCGGACCCGGAUGGUUCCGUUUCGAGGGUGCAGCUGGAGAUAACAUGGCAACAACAUGUCCAUAUGAAACAGAGAGGUGUAACACUUAUGCGACCGGCUGGUUGAACGGUGGACUCCCCAACAUAAAAGAAGGGCCGGUCACCCGGCAAGUGUGUUUUUAUGGGAGCAAGACGCGUGUACGCAGGGCGAGGACAUGUUGUGAAUGGGCAAUAAAUGUCCAAGUGAGAAAUUGUGGUUCAUAUUACGUGUACAAUCUUACUACUACACCUGCAGGCGAAUGUAAUCUUCGCUACUGUGGUAAUAAUGACUAUAACGCUUAUGGCUGA